AUGUCCAAGCCCACACACGAAGAACGAAGCAGCAAAUGUUUCGUUUUCGUUUUGGCUACCUUCGUCAUCUUAUGUGCAGUUGUAUUGGGUAUUGCAUCCUUUUUGCGCGUGAGGGGUCCAUAUGUCGAACUAAUAUCAGCUACAUUGAGUCAAAUCAAUUAUAGCGCUUCACCGUCUUCACCAUCCUUCAACGCGACCUUGAUCACCUUCCUCAUUAUCAGGAACCAAAAUUACGGUCCCUUCAGUUACGAGAAUAGCAUGAUGAGUGUGCUGUAUGCGGGUGCAAAGUAUGGUGACAAGGGUAUCCGCAGUGGCAGAGUGAAUGAAAGAGAAACGAAUGAAUUGAAUGUUAUUGUGAUUGUGAGGUCCGCUACGGUACCCGUUACAGGGAAUCUUUCUAGUGACAUUAAUUCAGGAACGUUGAAUCUCACGAGUUAUGUCAAAUUUAGUGGUAUUGUUCAUCUGCUGAGAAUUAUCAACAAGAAAAAGACCAUAGAAAUGGCUUGCACUAUGAAUCUCAACUUGACCUCCCUCGCAAUUCAGGCUAUCCAAUGCUAA